ACAAGAGGAAGAUGCACACUAGCGCCCUACAAACCUGAACAAGAUCAGCGCGCGGAUUACACGUGAACCGAUAACUGGACGCCAAGGCAUUCGUCAUGUAAAUAUUAAAUAAAAAAAAAAAUAAAAAAAAAAACUGAUUUAAGUUGAAAAAAAAAAAACAUUUUUAUUUUUGUGUUAUUAAAGUGGAAAUUUAUUAAAGAUGAAGAAAACUACUUCGCAUCAAGCCCUGAAACGCUCAUUUGAAGUGGAAGAUGUGGACUCUUCCUCGCACUCUUCAUCGCCUCACACACGGCGAGCACCAUCCAAUGUUCAGCGUUCAGCCAUGUCCCCGACCAGCGGACGGUAUUAUGAGCUGGCCUCCAAUGGUACCAAGCCCCCUGACAUCUCAAAGCCCAAAGCUCGAACCCCUGAACCUGUGUCACGUAGAACAGAGCUAGGCUUUGACAUCUCAUCCAACAACAAUGGCAAAGCUAUUGAAGGCUCUCCCAGUCCUGGCACGGCUCGGUUUGGGCUGAGGAGGCCAGAUGUCUUGAGCCACAGUAAGACGCCUGAGACGCAGAAGCACUCAGUCACCUUCAGCAAAAUACUGGAGACCAUUGCCCCCAUCACACGUUCAGCAUCUACCAUCAUUCCUCAUGCCAGUGCUAAACUCCCAGAGACCACCUUCAGGAAAAGCGAGCCACCAAGCCCUGCAGAUGGAUCAGCAAGAAAGCCUGAAAUCAGUGUCACCAAAUCAACAGACACCAAAGGUCAUGACAGUCUUCACCAUCCACCAGUUACAACAAGGUGUCCAUCACCUAAUCACGUUGGUCGGAAAUCCCCUAGUUCUGACAGGCAAAGGCCAGAGGUCAUUACAAAUUUUUACGGCAAUAUGGCAGAUGUAGGAAAGACGCCUGUGGCACGGAAUGAGAAGACAAACAGUGAGUUUGGCUAUGUGGGCAUUGAUGCCAUCUUGGAACAGAUGAGGAGGAAAGCCAUGAAACAAGGCUUUGAGUUUAACAUCAUGGUAGUGGUGAGCAGGAAGGUUUUCAGUCAUUGCCAUUACAUCUUUAAUUCAGGCAGAUCUGUUUGA